AUGUCUAUUUUUGAUUAUAGACGUAACUAUACUAUAGACAUAAAUCAUGCUUUUGACACAAACAAUAGCGAUCUAAUCUUUAAUGAACAUCCAACUCAUAAUCAACAAGACCUAUUUAGACAACUAGAGAAAUCUUUAACCUCAGAGAUAAAAUUAAAAUGGGAAAUAGCAACUCUGAAAAAGUAUAUUGACGAGAAAAUUACCCCAAGAGGUCUAAGACUGUAUAAAUUACCCACUACAGAUCAAGACGACGAAGAGUUUAUGAAUGACUGGUUUAACAAACUGGAGGUAUGCACCUUCGGCCUCAUGGAAACCUUAAUCAUAAAGAAAAGUAAAAAACUCUCUACUCUAGAUAUGGAGAUAAAUAACCUUAAAGAAAAGCUACUACCCUUUACAGAAACCCACUCCUACAAACAAAAUUCAGUCUUAAUACAAAGCCCUAUUGAAGUCUUCGAAAAACUGGUUCUCAAAGAUUUCGAUAAAAUUAAACACAAUAAGUAUGAUCAUCAAAACCUCACUCAGAAAGAAUGGAAAGCGUUAAAAGAACUUCAAAAAGAUGACGAAAUCGUCAUAAAACCCGCCGAUAAAGGUGGGGGUUUAGUUAUUUUAUCUAAGUCCAUGUACAUAAAAGAAGCCAAUCGUCAGCUUAAUGAUGUUGAGUUAAAUGAGGUGAUUCUACUCCAUUCUGUUCCUAGUUUUUCUGGCUACAGGAAUGAAACUCGGAAUCACAAAUCAAAACAAACAUGCUUGUCCAUUGCACAAGCUAUUGGUUUCAUGGUUCUGCCAUAUGGCCAUUCAGAGUUCCAAAAUGUGACCAAAAAAUCAUCCAACAUACAGUCAAAAUGCACUUUGGCGCAAGCUGAAUCAACAAGUCUACACCUUGCUGACAAGGCCCACCAAGAAAAAAUACAUAAAGAGAACAAGACCAUGCACAUUGAGUUCCUUCUGCUGGGGUUUCCAAACAUUCACAGCUUCCAAAGUGUUUUCUUCUGCCUUCUUCUUUUUUACUUUGUGACAGUAUCUGGAAAUCUUACUAUUAUCUGGCUGGUGGUAUCCAACAUGAGCCUACAUACACCGAUGUACUUCUUCCUCACACAACUGUCCUUGUCUGAUAUCAUACUCACCACAAAUAUUGUUCCUAACACACUUAGCAUUUUAUUGCAACAAGGCAAAAUUAUGUCGUUUUCAGAUUGCAUGACCCAGUUUUACUUUUUUGGUAGCUCUGAAUCUUCAGAAUGUUUAUUUCUUACCGUGAUGGCUUAUGACAGAUAUCUUGCCAUUUGUAGACCAUUACAUUACACUGCAAUAAUGCACCAUGCAUUUACCUUGAAAUUAGUUAUUGUGUCUUGGUUGCUGAGUUUUUCAUUUAUACUAAUAACUACAAUAACAAUAUCAAAACUGCAUUUCUGUGGACCAAAUGUUAUUGAUCAUUUCUUCUGUGAUCUUGACCCUCUAAUAGCCAUCUCAUGUUCAGACACUUCUAUUGUAAAAAUGGCAGCUUUCGUAUUGUCUUUUCCUCUGAUUAUUAUCCCACUCAUAAUCAUUUUAAUGUCAUAUACAUACAUUGUUCUAAGCAUCCUUCGAAUCACCACCACCAGUGGGAGAGGGAAAGUCUUCUCUACCUGUAGUUCCCACCUGUCUGUUGUGUCUAUAUUCUAUGGGACACUAAUUGGGAUUUAUAUUCUACCAACUAAUGGUCUGCCAUUAACAGUUAGCAAGGUAAUGUCUUUGUUUUAUACAGUAGUGACCCCGAUGCUUAAUCCAAUAAUAUACAGUCUGAGGAAUAAAGAUAUAAAACAAGCCAUUAAAUGCUGUAUUUUUAUAGUAAUAAAUGAAAUAUGA